UUAGUUUGUUGAUUUAUUAAUAAUGUCAAAGGUGGAAGCUUCAAAUUUCAUAGGGAAACUACCCGUUUGUGUCUUUGCAAGGUCGUUGGCCGUUGGCCCUUGUAGCUGCUUCGAACAUCAUGUCAUGUCGCUAACAUAACUUUUCCUUCCACCCUUUUUCGAUGCUUUUACUCCUCCAUUAGACCCUCUCUUUCCUCUUCUCCCUCUCUCACACAUUUUCUGAGCUACUGUCUGUGUAAUCAAUAGUUUCAAGAGUGGAGUGGUAUAGCUUAUACUGCUACCCUGUGUUUAUAUUCAGGGGAAUGAGAAGAAGUUGCUAAGCUUGGAAAACUGGUCAUUUUUGCUUUGAAGUUGAACGUGUGAUGGAGUUUCCUUUCCUUUAUCGUUUGAAUGUUUGGAGAGCAUGUGCAAAUAUGCGAGUUUGGACCCUUUUCUUACUCCUGCUGCUACUGGAGACUGGUAUUGUGUGUUCUAAUUCUGACUACUUGGUUGGUCUUGGAAGUUAUGACAUUACAGGCCCCGCUGCUGAUGUUAACAUGAUGGGGUAUGCUAACACCGGACAGACAGCUUCCGGAAUUCACUUCAGGCUACGGGCUCGUGCUUUCAUUGUUGCAGAGCCAAAGGGGAAGAGGGUAGUGUUUGUGAACCUUGAUGCUUGCAUGGCUUCACAGAUUGUGAAAAUCAAACUAAUUGAGAGGUUAAAAGAAAGAUAUGGUGAUCUAUAUACUGAAAAUAAUGUAGCCAUUAGUGGAAUUCACACUCAUGCUGGUCCUGGGGGUUAUCUCCAAUAUGUUGUGUACAUUAUAACUUCUUUUGGAUUUGUGCAUCAGUCCUUUGAUGUCAUUGUCGAUGGCAUUGAAAAAUGUAUUAUCCAGGCCCAUGAAAAUCUCCGCCCAGGAUCAAUAUUUGUCAAUAAGGGAGAACUCUUGGAUGCUGGUGUAAAUCGCAGUCCCAGUGCUUAUCUAAAUAAUCCUGCUGCAGAGAGAAGAAAUUAUAAGUAUAAUGUUGAUAAAGAAAUGACUCUUUUAAAAUUUGUUGAUGAUGAAUGGGGACCUGUUGGAUCCUUCAAUUGGUUUCCUACUCAUGGAACAUCAAUGAGUCGGACAAACUCAUUAAUUAGUGGGGAUAAUAAAGGCGCAGCUGCACGUUUCAUGGAAGAUUGGUUUGAGCAAAAGGGUUAUGAAAAAACUGAUUCUGCUAAAAUUGAAGAUGGCGGUUUGCCACGAAAAAUAUCAAAUAUAAUUCCUGGCCUUCACAAUAACAAGCAUGAAUUACUUGAAAUUGCUACCUCCUUUCAGUCUUCUCCUGGUAUAUCAGCAACGAAAACAUCAAGUGUUUCUAAACGUGUGAGAGCUGCUCAUAGGAAGGAUGGCAAACCUAGAUUUGUGUCUGCAUUCUGCCAAUCAAAUUGUGGAGAUGUUAGUCCAAAUGUGCUUGGAGCAUUUUGUAUAGAUACUGGAUUACCUUGUGACUUCAAUCAUAGUACAUGUGGAGGCAAGAAUGAAUUAUGUUAUAGCCGAGGACCUGGCUACCCAGAUGAAUUUGAAAGUACACGCAUUAUUGGAGAAAGACAAUUUAGAAAAGCAGUAGAUCUUUUUAAUACUGUGGAUGAAGAGAUUGAGGGGGAGGUUGAUUUUCGACAUACCUAUAUAGAUUUCUCCCAACUUGAGGUGACCGUUUCCAAUGAAGGAGAUUCUGAGGUUGUAAAGACAUGCCCUGCUGCAAUGGGGUUCGCAUUUGCAGCAGGAACAACAGAUGGACCUGGAGCUUUUGAUUUUACACAAGGUGAUGAUAAGGUAAUCAUUCUUUCAUACUGCAUUCUCCUAGACAGUAAUCUUAAAUACUUGUUAUGGUGUAUGCUCAUUAUUUGUUUUGAUAUGUGUCAGGGAAAUCCUUUCUGGAAGCUGGUGCGUGACUUGCUCAAGACACCAACCAAGGAACAGAUUGACUGUCAUCAACCCAAACCCAUUUUGCUAGAUACUGGUGAAAUGAAGAAACCGUAUGAUUGGGCUCCUUCAAUACUUCCGAUUCAGAUCAUUCGAAUUGGGCAAUUGGUCCUUCUUUGUGUACCAGGAGAAUUCACAACAAUGGCUGGGAGGCGUCUUCGAGAUGCAGUGAAGACAGUGCUAACUAGUGAAGAAGAUUUUGACUUCGAUGACAUUUACAUUGUUAUAGCAGGGUUAUCUAACACCUAUUCACAGUACGUCACUACAUAUGAAGAGUACCAGGUGCAGAGAUACGAGGGUGCUUCUACACUAUAUGGUCCCCACACACUGAGUGCAUACAUUCAGGAGUUUAAGAAACUUGCAGUGGCCCUCAUCAACGAUGAACCAGUAGAACAUGGACCUCAACCCCCUGAUCUCUUUGAGAAGCAAAUAGGCUUGCUUCCACCAGUUGUGGUGGAUGGAAUUCCCCUUGGAGUAAAUUUUGGGGAUGUUUGUGCUGAUGUGCCACAGAACUCAAGCUUCAAAAGUGGUGAGAUGGUGACUGCUUCAUUUUGGUCUGCUUGUCCUCGCAAUGAUCUUAUGACUGAAGGCACCUUUGCACUGGUGGAGUUUCUCCAAGAAAAGGAUGAUUGGAUUCCUGCAUAUGAUGAUGAUGAUUUCUGUCUACGCUAUAAGUGGUCAAGGCCUUACAAACUCAGUUCAAGGAGUAGAGCAACAUUGGAGUGGAGGAUACCAGAGGGUGUGACUCCUGGUGUAUACAGAUUUAGACAUUUUGGUGCAGCAAAAGGUUUAUUUGGAUCAAUUCAUCACUUUACAGCUUUAUCCAGUGCCUUUGUAGUAACAUAAACUAAAGGGAGGCAUAUUCUUGCUUGCAGACGAUACUAUAGUUAUGAUUUGUCUUGCUGAACUUUAACAGAAUCCCUUCAAUCCUAAUGAAGGUUGAUAUGAUCACCUUUAUGCUUUUUCCCUCAAAUUCUGCAGCUAACCUUAAUUUUUAUACCAUAUCUCUGGUAUAAAAGGUAUUAUCAGCAAUGUAUAAUGUAACAUA